AUGGAGAUCAAAUUUACAGGAAUAGGCAAAGCAUUGGUACAAAAACUAAUUAGUUGUGAGGCAUUCGUUAUAGCAUUAGACUGUAGGGUCGAUCAGCUCAGGCUAUUAGAAGACGAAUUUAAGGGCAAUAUUGAGACAAUUUGUGUCGACCUCAACGACUGGAACGGCGUUCAAUCGGCACUCAAUAGUGUCGAUCGGAUAGAUCUGGUGGUAAACAAUGCCGGUAUUUGUCUCUUAGAGUCCGUCGGAUGCAUUAGUGAGGAAUCAGUGGACAGACAGUUAGCGUUGAAUACAAAAGCGCUGAUAAAUGUGUCGCAAACAGUGGCCCAACAGUGGAUUGAAAGCGCGAGAAAGGGUGCAAUCGUUAACAUCUCGAGUCAGUCCAGUAUGAGAGCCCUGAGAGACCAUUUGGUGUACUGCGCGACCAAAGGAGCUGUCGAUCAGAUCACUCGAGUCCUGGCCCUCGAGUUGGCCGCCCAUCGGAUUCGAGUCAAUGCUGUCCAGCCGACGGUCGUGUGGACUGACUUGGCAAAGAUAGUAUGGGCCGAUCCGGUGGUGUCGGGUGCCAUGAAGUCACGAAUACCAAUGGGAAGGUUCGCAGAGCCAGAAGAAGUGGCCGACGCCGUGGCCUUCCUAUUGAGCGAUAGGGCGGCGAUGAUCACCGGCGCCACACUUCCCGUCGACGGAGGCUUUCUCUGCACUUAAUAUUUAACUCACAUUUCUGUUAUAAACCCAUAUUUUAAAUACGAUUUUAUUAUUAUAAAUAAAAAUACAAGUUUUAAUUGAAUUUUAAUUACCCCAAAGAAAUAAAGCAAUCUUAUCAAGCAC